AACUAUUUCAGAUGACAAGACAUGGAAAAAAUGCAACAGCCAGUGCUGUUUAUUCAUAUCAUGAGCGUAAAAAAGAUACUGCUGAGGGAGAAUAUGGAACACAAUCUGUGACUAUAAGCCGUGAUAGUGCUCGUAAUUUUGAUUGUUGUUGUCUUACGCUUCAACCUUGUAAAGAUCCUGUUGUUACACCUGAUGGAUAUCUAUAUGAGAGAGAAGCAAUCCUCACUAAUCUACUGAAACAGAAGCGGAAAAUAGCUAAACAAGAGAAAGCAUUUUCCAAGCAAUGCAAAGAAAAGUCUGCAAAAUCUGGUAAAGACUUGGAAUCAGAAAGAUUUUUGAAUGCACAAAGCUCAUCGUCUGCAAUAAAAGUUAAUGAACCAGCUACCGCUGUGGAUAAAAGCAAGAAAUUGAACAAUUUCUGGGUGAACAAUCUUCAAGGCCAUGCAACAAAGGAGGAGGUGAGAAAACCAGACCCAAAAACUUACUGUCCCAUCACACAAAAACCUCUUAGACUCAAAGAUUUAGUCACAGUAAAGUUUACUGAGAUGCCUCAAGAUGAACCACUAGCAGGUUCCAGUGCAAUCUGUACAAAAACUCGCUAUAUGUGUCCCAUUACUCAUGAUACACUUGGUAAUGCCAUCACUAGUGUUGUUCUCAGACCUACUGGUAAUGUUAUCACAAUAGACUGCUAUGAAAAACUUGUAAAACCAGACAUGGUCGAGCCACUCUCAGGUCAAAAAUUAAAGGAAAAAGAUGUGAUUAUAUUGAAACGCGGGUCAACAGGUUAUGCUGGGGCUAAAAACACUGGCGAGGAUCUAAUUGCAAAAAAGAAAGGAGCAGUCCUUAUGGCAAACUAGCACUGUAUAUUGCUGAUGUGUUACAAAUCUUUAAAAAUGUAAUAUGAGCUGAAUUUCGAGAUUGAUUGACGUAAGCUUUAUCAGAUUUUAUUAGUUACGCAACUGCUUUAACUUGAUGUUUUGACUGUAGAUGAAAUAAAAUAUUCAUUCAAUUUGAUAGGUAGAAAGAACAUUGGACAUAUAUUGUAUGAUAACAUCAAAUGUUAUCUUAGCGACGUAAUGUUGAGAACAUUAGAGCAUGUGUUAUUACAUAUGCAUCAUUUAUUCAACUAAAGGUUGAAUCUUACCAUUAAAUAAUAGCUUGAAUGAGAUACAUUGGUACUUGGUAUACCGUAUAUUCUUAUUUUAUAUGGUGUGAACAUUUUUCACUAUACAUUAUUUGAAUA